GGAGUGGCAAUGUUGUUAUGUCAGAGGCCAAUUUUGUUUAGGGCCUAGUUAUGACAUCACUUGUCUUAUAAAUGAUACAGGCCGCCCAUGUCAUAGAAUUAGUUCCCUCAAUUAGCGUAGUUACCACUAAACCCGCACCUUUGACAGUGACGUUAACACAGAAGUCAAUGAUACGCAACAGUGAUUUCUGUAACUUUUCAAUGCAUACCGCAAAGCGUUAGUGAAACACUUGAAAGCUAAAUACGCAUAACUCUAGACUGUUGGAGUCACUCAUAGAUCUGGCUGUAGACGAAGUAGGAACUUUUUCUUAUUAUGAGUGAUCACUUCACAUCCGUUGUUUUUUCUCCCGUAUCAUUUUAAAUUAACUACCGUAAACACCUCUUUUUAAGUGAUUUGAGAGACAAAGUUUUAUCAAUAUUUUGUCUGAUAAAUUAAAACAAGGAUUUCAUAAAUGGAAGGUCAAUACAUCUUUAUUUCCCUAGUUAAAUAUUGUGUACUCUACGUCAUCCUGUUAAUACUAUGUGCUGGGAAUAUUUCUUCUAUAAAAGUUUUUGCUUCAGUUCAGUUAAAUUUCACGUGCUCACCGGAAGCGAUACCAAGUGAGGUCAACUUGACUUUGAACUCUGAAUUUUUUUCUGUUGAUCUUCACCUUAAACGACAGACCAACGUGAAUCCGGACCUUCCUGUGUACACCCUAAAUGUAGACAGUACUGGAAAGCAUGUGCAUCAAAGAGAAGUCCUGGACACUUCACAGAAAAUUGGUUUCUAUCAUGACCUUACCUCUGGCGCUGUCUUUCAAAUCACAAACACAAGUGACGUCAUCAACCAUGAGCUGAAGUUGUUAUUUAAAGGUCAGUUCCGUUACGACGAUAAAACUUACUUUGUCACACAUGAAACACGGCAGAAGAGAGAAGCAACUUCAACAGAUGGCCCUCUAUACAACCUCGAAGUCCUUCCAGACCCUGAACAUCGAAUGUUUGACUACGUCAAAGACAUUCCAGGUCAUUUGUUUUCCAAGAAAUUGACCAAAUUUCACACUUCUGUGUCACGCAGACGUAUAGCCGAAAGAACUAGAUCUAGAAGACAGACACCUACAUACCAUGUAGACCUUGUCGCUGUGGUGGACUUUAAAGCUUACAGUCAGUUUCUAUCAGCUGCUGGGAAUAAAACUUUAGCGCUGCGUGACUUAAGGCAGUAUUAUUCCUUCAUUAUAGCUGGAGUAGAUUUACUGUACCAAGGCAUCACCUCUACACAUUUCAUCACUCGUGUUCACCUUCUCAAAGUUAUCGUUGCUCAGACCGCCGAGACUUCGGACUUCACAGAGCGUUUCAAACAAGGCAACAAGAUCGAUGCUGAUCAGAGUCUCAACGCAUCAUAUUAUUAUGUGGCUCAAAGUGAAGCUGUCUUGCCUUAUGACCACGUCAUGGUCUUUACUGGGUUUGAUUUGGUAAGAGGUGGCAACAGUGGCACUAUAGGUCUGGCCUAUCUCAGUACAAUGUGCGAGCAGGACGGUUCCAGUGUGUCCAUCAUAGAAGACUUAGGGGACUACUCGUGUAUUAGUACUUCCGCCCAUGAGCUUGGGCAUAGUUUUUCCAUGUCCCACGACGGAGAAAAAAACGCCUGUUCUCUGACAGACCGCUACAUCAUGGCAGCAUACAUCGUCGCACCAGCAAAUGCAACAAAACUGAACCCCUGGAGAUUCUCCACGUGCAGUCUCGAUGCUAUGAAAACAUUUAUUUCCACGCUAAUGACGAAAAGGGAGGAGUGCUUGUCAGCUCAACUUACAGUUUCCUCUGACGUACCGCAGGUUGGCUCUAACUUGCCCGGCCUCAAUAUAUCGGCUAAUGAUCAGUGCAAAAUGACUUAUGGAAAUCAGUCGUUUGUUUGUCAUAAAACGUCUGAUGUCGACCUGACCCUCACACCGUCUGCCAUAUGUUACUACCGAGCCUGUUAUCAACCUCUGUCAAAUAAUUGUGCUGUGGACUACGAGACAUUAACUGGGACUGUAUGUAGCAGUGGAAAGCUGUGCAAAUAUGGCGAAUGUGUAUCUGAUCCUAGUGCCCCUAUUGUACAGAACGAAAGAUGUCUCUUUGGUGAUAAUCUAUUUAUAACAGUGAAUAACAUGACAUGCUCUGAGGCUGUAAAAACUCAACCGAGCGUCUGUUACAAUGUUAACGUCAGCUCUGCUUGCUGCGACUCGUGCGCUUCUAUUUAUAGAUCUCAGCCUGGUUGCGAAUAUGGUGACAAAAGAGUAUGCACUGCUUCAUUAUGUGCUCAAUACGCUAAGGAAUGCUGCCAAACAUGCAACUACAGCAUAUCCACCACCACCACCACCACAACAGCGACAUCCAGAGCGACAUCCACGCAGCCCGUAACAUCAGCUACAACUUCAACCACCUCCAGCUCUGUCAAAACAGCGCCACCCUCCACGGUGUUAUCGUCAACGUCUUCCGCUCCCCCAACAUCCACCACACGGUCGACGCCUAUGGAUGUUGGUGCUAACUCCACGAUGUCUUCCACGACCAAAAUCAGUUUUAUGGAAUCAUCCUCAAUACGUAUUAACUAUGUUGCACCCAGCACUUCAGUAAAUAGUCCAAACAGUGGCUUAUCAACACCAUGCCACAUUGCUUUGACAUUAGUAUUGUAUAGCGUAAUUAUUGUAGUUCUUACUAGUUGAAUCACUCGACUCAAACAUAGUUCAAGAAACAGUGUUUUCCAUUUGUUGAUUUGUUGAAAACAGUUUUGUCUGCGUAAGGAGCGACAAAAUAUGUAGGUCGCAGCUGGAUCUGCGAAGCCACGAAAAAUCUACGAACUCGAAGACACUGACUUCUUCUUCUUAUUAUUAUUAUGUUAGAAACGAACGAAUAUUCAUUCUCUGGCGCUGCCAGGGUCGAUUUGUUAUUAUCCCAUUGGUUGAUAUAACAAUGGGGUAUAUUGUUAUUUUGAAUAACUUCCAUAAACGCUUUAUCUCCAAGCCUAGGUCCCCAUAUUUUCGUUGUUUUUCCAAUUCAGUUUUUCUUAAAUUAUGAGACAGUGGUAAGGCGAUGUCACUAAUGGUAGCGGUUGUUCUUUUUUUAUCAAUUAUUAUUAUUAUUAUUAUGGAAGUACAUUUAUUUUCAAACUAUGGCACUGCCAUGGUUGAACUUCUUUAAAGGGAAACAAAAUUCAUUAGAGCCUCUUAUUUGUGUCCACUGAGAAAUUUUCUGGUGAUGUGGCAGGUCUGCAGCAGUACCGCCCUCUGACAGGCAACGAGAAUGUUUUUAAGAAUGUUAAGGGCCUUGAAGGUAUCUGUGAGGUCAUUUGUCAUUAUCCCCUCAGUUAAUUGAUAUAAAAACAGGGUAUAUUGUUAUUUUAGACAACUUCUACAACCGCUUAAUCUCCAAGCUUAUCAUUAUUAUUAUUACUGCUACUACUAUUCAGUGAUGGAUUUACCUAUAUAAGCUAAAGCUUAGGGCCCUCACUUGCCGGAGGGCUCCAAAAAUUCCUUUUGAGGAUAAAGAAAAGGAAUAAGUUACCUUAAGUUGAUCACUAAAGGUCCUAUAUCUCAAUAGCUUAGGGCCUUAUCAAGCAUAAAUCCAGCACUGGUAUUAUUUAUUAUUAUUAGACCUAUUAUUAACACAAUGUGUUGCAUUCGUUAUUUACACAUGACCUUUGACUUUCCAUGGGAUGGCAUUGAUGAGAGCAGCCACACAUUUUUACCAUUCCCUCUCAGAAGGCGUCCGCACUUGAGUAUCCAGUAAGAAGCCGGCCUUCUUUUCCCCACUAUUCCUCUUAUGUUUGGAAUACAAUGACUAUGACAUGAUGUUCAAAGCUAAGAAAUAAAAGCAUGUAUUAAUGAAGGCUGCU